AUGCAAAUUACUAGUAUCAACAAUGGUGGUUCACCUAAGCAGGACGAAAACUCCAAUGCAAAUUUGCUAGGAAUGAACCAGGAUCAAUCAUUGCAAUAUCAACAACUCGAUCAUGCAGAACAACAAGAUCAACAAAGUCCUCCCAUUCAAAAUGGUCAACAACAACAACAACAACAACCUCCACAACUGCAACAACCAAAUCUAAACCAGUUCCAGAAUCAAUAUCAACAGGGCCAAUAUCAACAACAACCUCAGUAUCAACAACAACAAUACUACCAACCAAUGCCCCAACAGCAAUUGCAACAAUUGCAACAACAACAGCAGGGAUACUCUCAACAGCAACAACCACAACAACAACAGCAACCACAGGACUUUUCCUAUCCGCAAUCUGCUCAACAGCCAUCUCAAGCUGUCAACCAACAACAAUUCUCUGAUAUGAUGUACAAUCAAUUCUUAUCUCAUUUAGCUAAUAAGCAAUCGGGUUCUCCAAUAUCAAAUUCUUUGGGAUCUGCAUCUCAUAUUAAUCCUGCUACUGCUGCUGCUGCUGCCGCUGCCGCCGCUGCUUCAAACCCUAAUGCUGCUUCAAACGCUGGUUCUUUCUUAAAUCCACCUCUACAGAGAUAUUUUAAUAAUAACCAGGGAACUCUUCUAGAUAAUACCCAUCCAUCACUAUUACAACCUUCCAUCCCACUCACUCAACAGCAAGUAGCCCAACAACAGCAACAGCAACAACAACAUCGUCAACCUCAACAUUCUGUCCAGCAACAACAACAGUUGCUACAGAUGCAUAAUGAACAAUUGCAACAGCAACAACAACAACAAUUACUAUUGCAGCAACAGCAGCAACAACAUCAAUUGGCUCAACAACAGCAACAAGCUACUCAUCAUCAACAUGUGGGUCAUGGACAUCCACAUCCACAUGAUCAUCAGCAAUAUACAACAACUAUAUCCGAUGUCCCUGUCCCCAAGAAAUUAUCUUCCACACAAAGUAGAAUUGAAAGAAGAAAACAAUUGAAGAAGCAAGGCCCUAAGAGACCUUCAUCUGCUUAUUUCUUAUUUUCAAUGUCCAUUAGAAAUGAAUUAUUGGAACAAUUCCCUGAUGCUAAAGUACCUGAAUUAUCUAAAUUAGCCUCAGCAAGAUGGAAGGAAUUAACUGAUGAUGAGAAAAAACCAUUCUAUGAAGAAUUUAGAACAAAUUGGGAAAAAUAUAGAUUGUUAAGAGACGAAUAUGAAAAGACUUUACCACCAAAGAGACCAUCAGGUCCCUUCAUUCAAUUCACACAAGAAAUUCGUCCCACCAUUGUUAAGGAAAAUCCUGAUAAGAAUUUAAUUGAAAUUACCAAGAUUAUUGGGGAAAAAUGGAGAGAAUUGGAUCCAGAAAAGAAAGCCGCAUACACUGAAACUUACAAGAGAAGAUUAAAGGAAUGGGAGAAAUGUUAUCCAGAGGAUGAAGAUGGGAAUAUUAGUGUGGAUAAGCAAGCUAGUCAAGAUUUGAAAAAUAGCACUAAUUCUACACCUACUUCAACUACUCCAAUGGAUGCAGCAAUUACUCCAACUUCAAUGCAUGCAGCAGUUGCCGGAACAAACCGUAGUUUACUACACCCAUUGCAACCACUUCAACCAUCUUCUAUUACUGAUAGUUCAAUCACAAAGAUUGAAAAUCAAUAG